AAAUAAGAGCAACAGCAUCUACAAUAUCUGCCAUGGCCACACAACCACGAACUUCAUCAGCUUUUAUCUCUUUCCUUACGAUUUUGGGUUCAGCUGCCCUUGCGAAAUACCAAUAUGAUAAUGUUUCGCCCUUUGCGCAACACAAUAUAGCUAUGCGAAUCUCCUUGUUUGCAAUAUUUAUAUAUUUCAUGGUGGUUGUGGUUUAUGAAAUCCUUAAUCCAGAUGGAACUGUCAAAGUUGAAGAUGAUGGAAGAUAUCUCCUUAUUUUGGGUCAUGUUCGGUUCUUAAGUGGAACAAUAGCUGCAACUUUGUUGAUCCUGAUCUUGAUCCCAUAUUUUGGAUGGUUCCUCCUUGCCAUAUGGACCAUGUUCUUAGUGAAAAUAGUAUGUUAUUGGGAUAAAACAUUUUAUAACUUCGACAUGUUCAAGAAUAAAAAAAAUGUCAAUGAUGGGGAAGGAGGACAAGAGGAACAACGAGCCCGAGUUUAG